AUGGCUGUUUUUGGGGAGGCAGCUCCUUACCUCCGCAAGUCAGAGAAGGAGAGAAUUGCAGCCCAGAACAAGCCUUUUGAUGCCAAGUCAUCUGUCUUUGUGGUGCAUCCUAAGGAAUCCUUUGUGAAAGGGACAGUCCAGAGCAGGGAGGCUGGGAAGGUCACUGUCAAGACUGAAGGGGGAGAGACCUUGACCGUCAAAGACGAUCAGAUCUUCUCCAUGAACCCCCCCAAGUAUGAUAAAAUCGAGGACAUGGCCAUGAUGACCCACCUCCAUGAACCCGCUGUGCUGUACAACCUCAAAGAGCGUUAUGCAGCCUGGAUGAUCUACACCUACUCGGGUCUCUUCUGUGUCACCGUCAACCCCUACAAGUGGCUGCCGGUGUACAACCCGGAGGUGGUGUUGGCCUACCGAGGCAAGAAGCGCCAGGAGGCCCCUCCACACAUCUUCUCCAUCUCUGACAACGCCUAUCAGUUCAUGCUGACUGAUCGCGAGAACCAGUCGAUCCUGAUCACAAAUGCUGCUUCUUCUGCUGAACAGGGCAAAUUCAUCAGAAUCCACUUUGGAGCUACAGGCAAACUGGCUUCUGCUGACAUUGAAACCUAUCUGCUGGAGAAGUCCAGAGUCACUUUCCAGCUCAAGGCAGAAAGAAGCUACCACAUCUUUUAUCAGAUCACUUCCAACAAGAAGCCUGAGCUAAUUGAGAUGCUCCUCAUCACCACCAACCCAUAUGACUACCCUUUUGUGAGUCAAGGAGAGAUCACUGUUCCCAGCAUUGAUGACAAGGAGGAGCUGAUGGCUACAGAUAGUGCCAUUGACAUCCUGGGCUUCACUGCUGAGGAAAAGACAGCCAUCUACAAGCUGACAGGGGCUGUCAUGCACUAUGGCAACCUGAAGUUCAAGCAGAAACCAAGAGAGGAGCAGGCAGAGCCUGAUGGCACUGAAGUGGCUGACAAGGCUGCCUACCUGAUGGGUUUGAACUCAGCUGACAUGCUCAAGGCUCUCUGCUACCCCCGAGUCAAGGUGGGGAAUGAAUAUGUCACCAAAGGUCAAACUGCACAGCAGGUGCAUAAUUCAGUGGGUGCUCUGGCAAAGGCUCUCUAUGAGAGGAUGUUCCUGUGGAUGGUUGUUCGUAUCAACCAACAGCUGGAUACCAAGCAGCCCAGACAGUACUUCAUUGGUGUCCUGGACAUUGCUGGCUUUGAGAUCUUUGAUUUCAACAGCUUUGAGCAGCUGUGCAUCAACUUCACCAAUGAGAAACUGCAACAGUUCUUCAACCACCACAUGUUCGUGCUGGAGCAGGAGGAGUACAAGAAAGAAGGAAUUGAAUGGACAUUCAUUGACUUUGGGAUGGACCUGGCUGCCUGCAUUGAGCUCAUUGAGAAGCCCAUGGGCAUCUUCUCCAUCCUGGAAGAGGAGUGCAUGUUCCCCAAGGCAACUGACACCUCUUUCAAGAACAAGCUCUAUGACCAACAUCUGGGUAAAUCCAGCAACUUCCAGAAGCCCAAGCCUACCAAAGGCAAGGCUGAGGCCCACUUCUCCCUGGUGCACUAUGCUGGCACAGUGGACUACAACAUCACUGGCUGGCUGGAGAAGAACAAGGACCCUCUGAAUGAAACUGUCAUUGGGUUGUACCAGAAAUCAUCUCUGAAGACCCUGGCCUUACUCUUUGCCAACUAUGGUGGAGCAGAAGCAGAUGCUAGUGCUAGCAAGAAAGGUGCCAAGAAGAAGGGCUCUUCCUUCCAGACUGUCUCAGCUCUUUUCCGGGAGAAUUUAAACAAGCUGAUGACCAAUCUACGAAGCACCCACCCACAUUUUGUACGCUGCAUCAUUCCAAAUGAAACCAAAACACCUGGUGCCAUGGAGCAUGAACUGGUGCUUCAUCAGCUGCGGUGUAAUGGCGUGCUGGAAGGAAUCAGAAUUUGCAGGAAAGGGUUUCCCAACAGAGUCCUGUAUGCAGAUUUUAAACAGAGAUACAAAGUAUUAAAUGCAAGUGCUAUCCCAGAGGGACAGUUCAUUGACAGUAAGAAGGCUUGUGAGAAACUUCUUGGAUCAAUUGAUAUAGACCACACUCAAUACAAAUUUGGUCACACUAAGGUGUUCUUCAAAGCUGGGCUGAUAGGCCUCCUGGAGGAGAUGAGGGAUGAGAAGCUGGCACAGCUCAUCACCCGCACACAGGCCAGGUGCAGGGGCUUCCUGAUGAGAGUGGAGUACCAGAGAAUGGUGGAGAGGAGAGAAUCCAUCUUCUGUAUCCAGUACAACAUCCGUGCGUUCAUGAACGUCAAGCACUGGCCCUGGAUGAAGCUGUUCUUCAAGAUCAAGCCCUUGCUGAAGAGUGCAGAGUCUGAGAAGGAGAUGGCCAACAUGAAACAAGAGUUUGAGAAAACCAAGGAGGAGCUUGCAAAGUCUGAGGCCAAGAGGAAGGAGCUGGAGGAGAAAAUGGUGAAACUGGUGCAGGAGAAAAAUGAUCUGCAGCUCCAAGUGCAAGCUGAAGCUGAUGCUUUGGCUGAU